AUGACACAGGAAGUACGAACGGUCGCCAUUAUAGGCGGUGGAGUCAUUGGUAUGGGAUGGGCCGCUCUGUUCAUGUCAUGCGGUCUGAAAGUCAUCAUCUCGGAUCCCGCUGAUAGCGCUCAUGAGUCCCUUAAGCGCUAUCUUAAACAGGCGAGACCAUUCUUUGAAAAGCAUGGGGACUUUGACAAGCUCGCCUCCAACUACGAAUUCGUUCUUGAUAUUUUGCCACGAUUGCGCGAAGUAGAUUUUAUUCAAGAGCGUGUUGAGUUUAAACAAGGUUUGAUGGGAAGACUAGACGAGAAUACUAGACCAGGAGUCGUUAUUGCUUCGUCCUCUUCUGGCUUACCAUCAUCGCGCUUUAUUCAAAAUUGCAAGAAUGACCCUAGCCGUAUACUAAUUGGCCAUCCUUUUCAUCCACCACAUCUGAUUCCCUUGGUUGAGGUCGUUCCUCACCCUGGAACCAGCCCUGACUCGAUAUCAUCCGCCCUGGCUUUCUAUAGGUCCCUCGGUAAAAAGCCUAUUCUCUUGCACCAAGAGGUUCCAGGCUUCGUAUCCAACCGUCUACAAGCAGCCAUCAAUAAUGAGGCAUACAGCCUUAUCAGUAGGGGUGUUGUGUCAGCUAAAGAUCUGGACAUGGCUGUGACACAGGGUCCUGGUCUUCGAUGGGCGCUUACAGGGCCUAUUGCUACUAACGCGCUUGGUGGCGGAGGAGGACUAUGUGGGUUCGCCCAGAGGUUUGAGAGACUUGAGCCAGCCAUUAGAGGCUGGGAGGACGACAUACUUAGGAACAGGUUCGAUUGGAGUGAGGACAGGGUGAAAAUACUACAGAAUAGUGUGGAUGAGUCAUUGGCCGAUGUGGACUGGAAGAACCUGGUCGACGAGAGAGAUUUGGUCUUAUUGGAGAUAUUAGCAGCCAAGAGCAAGACAAAGACCAUGGGCAGAGAAGUAUAA